UUCAUCAUCUUCCUCACUCACUCAAAAACCAAAAAACUCUAAAAAGCUCUGUUUCUUUCACUGCGAAACUUCUAAAAAAAAUGUCGAAGGACGUAAUUGAAGAAGGGCAAGCUCAUCAUCAUGGAAAGGACUAUGUUGACCCUCCUCCAGCUCCUCUUCUUGACAUGGCUGAGCUUACCAAAUGGUCUUUUUACAGAGCUGUUAUAGCUGAAUUCAUCGCCACCCUUCUCUUCCUUUAUGUCACCGUUGCUACUGUUAUCGGCCACAAGAAACUCAACAAACUCAACCAAUGUGAUGGUGUUGGGAUUCUUGGAAUUGCGUGGGCUUUUGGUGGCAUGAUCUUCGUUCUUGUUUACUGUACUGCUGGAAUUUCUGGUGGUCAUAUUAACCCGGCGGUGACAUUUGGGUUGUUCUUGGCAAGGAAAGUGUCAUUGAUAAGAGCAGUUGCUUACAUAAUUGCACAGUCACUUGGUGCUAUUUGUGGUGUUGGUUUCGUUAAGUUGUUCAUGAAGCAUUACUACAACGCAGAAGGUGGAGGUGCUAACUUUGUGCAACCUGGUUACAACAAAGGAACUGCUUUGGGUGCUGAAAUUAUUGGAACUUUUGUGCUUGUUUACACCGUCUUCUCUGCUACUGACCCUAAGAGAAGCGCUCGCGAUUCCCACGUCCCUGUUUUGGCUCCUCUUCCAAUUGGAUUUGCUGUUUUCAUGGUUCAUUUGGCCACCAUCCCCAUUACUGGAACUGGUAUUAACCCAGCUAGGAGCUUUGGAGCUGCAGUUAUUUACGGCAACGAAAAAAUCUGGGAUGACCAAUGGAUAUUCUGGGUUGGACCAAUGGUGGGAGCAAUGGCAGCAGCAAUAUACCAUCAGUUUGUAUUGAGAGCUGGAGCUGUUAAAGCUUUGGGAUCUUUCCGCAGCAACCAAACCAACUAAGCAAGUUGUUAUCAACCAGCCAGAGAAGAGAAAUUUCAUUCACAAGUUCAAAUUUUUCUUGUUUAAUUGUUUGAUUUUGUGUAUGAAGAUUAAUUAAUUAAUGUAUGAACCUUUUUUUUUUAAUUUUAUUUUGUUCGUUUGGUACAGUUUCAUCUUUAAUGUUAGUUUUUGGAUGUGUAUUUAUUUGGUAUGAGAGUAGAGUUGGUGGUCUUUUCUCUUUCAAA